CAAUCAAUAUCGUGCCACUCCGGCAAACAGCAAACUAAUCUGAGCAAUAAAGAGGACCACAACAAAUGGGUAAAAUGGUGCCAAUAGUGUUAUUGGUGGUGGCUUUUGCUGGCAUAAAUUGUGAGCCAGAAACGGUGAGAGAUAAUUUCGAUUAUUUCAAUUAUGGGACGAACGAAGACAACAUGCUUAAAAACUUGGACCUUCACCCGCCUAAAGACGAGAUUGUUUUACGACCUCAAGAAGUAAAAGAUUGGCCACAGCAGUCUUUGAACGUUGGACAAAUAACAGCUGUGUCGAUCAAUUCUUUGGGACAGCCUGUUAUAUUUCACAGAGCUGAAAGGGUAUGGGACGAAAGCACAUUCAACGAGUCAAAUGUGUACCAAAAUUUGGAUAAAGGACCAAUAAUUGAGGAUACAAUUUUGAUCUUGGAUCCACUGACGGGAUCGGUGCUCCACAGUUGGGGUGCUUAUGCUUUUUACAUGCCACAUGGACUCACAGUCGACCAUCACGACAAUGUUUGGGUUACCGACGUCGCUAAGCAUCAAGUUUUUAAGUACACUCCAAACAACCACAAAUACCCAGUCCUGACGAUCGGAGAGGCUUUCACAGCUGGCUACCCUUACAGACGUAGAGUUCUCCUCUGUAUGCCCACAUCGGUUGCCGUGGCAACCACUGGCGAGGUCUUCGUGGCUGAUGGGUAUUGCAACAACCAGAUCCUUAAGUUCAACGCAGCAGGGACCCUUUUGCUGGCCAUACCAACUGACUCUGAUACCUUGACGCUGAAUCUGCCCCACAGCGUGACUUUACUGGAGCAUUUGGACAUUGUGUGUGUUGCUGAUAGAGAGAAUAUGAGGAUCGUGUGCCCCAAAGCUGGACUGAAGAGUUACAUCAACAUGUUCGAGCCAGCAACGGUUAUUGAGGACCCAACGCUGGGAAGGGUGUUCGCGGUGGCUUCGCAAGGAGAUACUUUGUAUGCAGUGAAUGGUCCCACAUCGCAGAACAUAGCUGUUAGAGGGUUCACGGUGAAUGCUGUGUACGGAACCAUUAUGGAUACUUGGGAACCGAGCACGGGCUUCACCAACCCUCACUCCCUAGCCGUGACAAGGAACGGCUCACACUUAUACGUCACCGAAAUAGGACCCAACAAGAUCUGGAAGUUCGAACUAACCGACGUAUACGACAAGAAGUAGAACAAAUCUUGUGCAAUGAAUAAAAACAUAGAAAUUAUUUUGGGAAAGUGUAAAAUAUGCUCGUACGUCACCGAGAAUAUAAUUCGCGGUGCAUUGUAUUGGACAGUUAUUAAGAAGAUGGAAAUAUUAUUGAAAUAUGUAAAAGAAAUAUACGUAGCAGUUUCAUUUAGCUUAAAUUUUCAAUCUAUGACAUUUAUUCCUUUAAAUAGUAAAAAUAUAUUCACCCUAUCCAUAGACUAUAGACAAACUAUAUCUAAAUAAGUAUAUUGUGUGGUGUGUCACAGCCAGAACUCGCAGGCAAUACAAUAAUAAUAAUAAUAUACCUAGUUUAUUCAUCUAUAUUACUUUAGCUUUCAAUCAACCAAGGCCUCUCCUUCUUAGGAUCUCUGUGCACAUUUCUUAUUCAAAUGCCUCAUAUUUUGGGUAAUAAAAUUAAAUAAUGCAAAUCAAAUAGCUGCUCAGCGUAUUUUGUACUCCUAAUUCACAGGGGGAAACAUAAAGACAAAAAUACAAAAUUAUCUGUAUUUUUGGACUCCCCUGCUCCUUGGUCUAUGUAAUAAAUAUUUGGUUUUUAUCAAAGCACAUAGUCACGAACUUUACACGAGUGUUAUGCAUGGAGUUUUGUCUGUAACAUAAAUAUAAAUAAAAUAGUUUUAUCUACGCACUAUAAAAUUAUUAUUAGACUACCUAGAGAUGUUCAAUAUAAAAUAUUCAUCAUAUUUAGUGUAAUUAUAAAGAUGUAAAACCAAAAUGCUUCAAAUACCUAUUAGUAAAAUUCUAGAAGCGUAUAUUAAAAUAAAUUAACAUUAACUUUGUAUUAUGUAUGGACGGCGGCACAUAAAACUUAACACUGUAACAUCUUAUACGGUUCUAAUAAAAGCGAUUUUCCAACAAAAUUAAUAAUCAGAUGUGCUGGCGUCAGUACCUAAGAUAUCUACCAAAUAUCGUAUGCAAUUAUGUCAUACGAGCUUCGAAGUGGAGUAGUUAAUUUCUGAAUUAUUAAAUUAUUUUUAAUAUCGGAAGCAAAGGUCCAAUAGAAUCACGCACAGAUUAAAAUUUAAUACUCGAUUGGAGUAGAAACGUAAUAUAAUAUAGACGGAAUUGAAUUCAGUAAUUUUCGUAGAGAAUUAUUCGCGGCAAUUGAAGUUUUUAUUGCCAAAUAGGCAUAAAAAUUACUUUAAAUAGUUAUUUUACUAUACCAA